AACCCUCCCUCCCCUCCCCUCCCUCUUAGGCUGAGCUGGGGCACAUAUUCAGCUCACUGUGGUUGGCAAGGGGCGACACUGGGUGACAUAGCUGUGCAUCCACCUCAAGAGACAUUGAAGACAAAGGGGGCGACACCUCCCAUAGAACAGCUUUGAACACAUAGAAGGAGAAAGGGUGAGAGAAGAAGGAAUGUCGCAGAGAGCGGAAGCAUCCUGCACUGAAUCAACUGUGUUACAGCAUCAGCACCAGAGCAGAGGCGAUGAGGCCUGAACUAUGUGUGUGUUCCCAUCCACCUGAGGGGAGAGAGAAGCAAAUGCAGAACAGAGGGGGCACAGGCCCUCUGACGCCGGCACGGUGAGGUAACGCAGAGGUAGCAGCUGUUCUAUUGGAGGCCCUGUGAGGAAUAUCUGAAAAGCCAUCUCUGCCUAUCUCACCCCACAGGGGUGACAUGAUUUCAUUUACCCUUGAGGGAAAAGGAAACCAGACAAGGAGAAAUUGGUAUGAUCCACCAAAUAAACAUAAAGGGAUCAACGACUAAUAUUUCCAGGUUAUAAUCAGUAUAUAAUCCAAGAUCUGCAUUACCUGCUUUUCUGCCAAACAAAGACUUUCUUCACAUACAUAUAUAUAUAUAUAUAUAUAUAUAUAUAUAUAUAUAUAUAAAACAACCCACCAAAGAGACAGAGACUGUGGGAUUUCAAGUUUUAAGUCCCUCUUUAAAGAGGGCUGGGACAGGUCGGCUGCAGCAGUGAACAGGGAGGGGAUACAGGGGCAUAGGGGGGUCAGGCGUUAAGAUGCAGAUCUCCCCCCAGAGGAGAGUCGCUGCAGAGGAGGCUGGAGGCCUCUCUCUGAAUCAUGUGCUCUCGGGGGGUGGGGAGGACAACGGAGCAAGGGGUACGCAGUGGCAGAGCUGGAGAGAGGGAAAAAAUCCGAGGGAGAGUCCGUGCUGUCAUUGGUCAGCUAGAAGGAAUCUUACGGGACCUCAAGGAAGUGGCCAAAGAGCUGAGAGAGGUUGUGGAGCAGAUAGACAGACUCACCUCGGACUUUGAAUUUGAGCUGGACACUGAUGAUUGGACUCCUGGAACUGUAAGCAGUACAUCUAGCAGUGAAAAGGGUGGUCCUCUCUGUGACCUGGGACCUCUGGACUUUCUCAGCUCAGACAGCUGGGAAUUCUGCUCCUUCCUAGAAGCUUCAACACCCUCGGACUCUGGGGAUGGUUCAGAUCGCCCCCCUGACUUUAGACUGCUCAAUGGAGGAGCCACCCCUAAUGGGCCAGAUUCGUCUAGUGAGGAGAUUCCUAUUGCACCCCAGAAACCACCUCCAGCAAAGAACGCAGGCUCCAGGGACAGAGUGAGGUUCAGCGACAAGGUUUUGUACCAUGCACUUUGUUGCGAUGACAGUGAAGAUCCCCCUUAUGGUCAGGAGACUCCACGGGAUCCCCCUAGGUCAAUUGCUCCUUCUGCUGUGAUGAAGAGCAAACCUGGGGGACUUACUGGAGUCAGGAAGGGGACUAGAAACUGCAGUACCCAGACUGUGUGUGACAAGAGCACUCAAACCGUUCUUCCUUAUGUGCCAAAAAAAGGGAAGGAUAAACAUUAGCAGGAGUGAAGCUGGGACUGAAAGAUGCAUAAGGUGGAAAGAAAACAGGCUGAAAAAAUUAUGAAACAGAUAGAGAAAUUAAGGGAGACAAAUAUAAAGCGUAAGAGUCAAAGUGGGAAAAAAAAUUAACCAGAUGAACAGAUAAUUAAAAAAAAAGAUUUUUGAAUUAAGUAUUUCUAUCAAGUGAUAGAAAGAAAUUAAAUGAGCUUUAGUUACGCACUACACAUGACUACUUUACAGGCAAUAUAUGGUGCACUUUUUAACCUUUCUAUUGAACUGCCAAGGGGGUGGCAGAGUGGGACCAAUAUUACCCCACUGUGAACUAACACCCCAGCCCCCGCUGUGACCUCACAAACCCUGCUGAGACCUCACAUCUUUUUGUCCCCAUGCCAGCAAAAUAUUCACUGCACAUCUAUAUUAGUAAAAGAUAAAAAUGUAAAUAUUGUUCAUAAAUAUUUACCUAUAUAUGGGAUGGUCAAGUGUCUUUACAUUUACUGUUGGAAAAUGUAUGGCCUUUGGUAAAAAGUCCUUGCAGAUCCUGGGUUCCCCAUUAAGGCUGGACCUCAUAUGAAUAUUAUAGGGUGCCUUUAGAGUUAUAUAUUCUAAAUAAACAAGUGAAUAUUAUGGGGAAAUAAUAAAUAAGGCUGUUGCUUGUA